GGCAGGGCAGGGAGGGGGAGCUGUGGAAUGGCGGACGGCCGGGCUGGCCCGCCCUGGUGGUAGCGAGCGGAGGGGGCCGGAGGGGACAAGCCGCGGAGAGGGGUGAGUGCGAGCGGGGCGAGCGGGGCCUCCCCGGGCCUCCCAGCCCGCCUCUUCUUGCGGGGAGAACAGUGCCUGAAGCAGGUCCACCAUGCCGUUAGUAACGAGGAACAUUGAGCCAAGGCACCUGUGCCGUCAGACGUUGCCUAGCGUUCGGAGCGAGCUGGAAUGCAUGACCAACAUCACCCUGGCAAAUGUCAUUCGACAGCUGGGCAGCCUGAGUAAAUUUGCAGAGGACAUAUUUGGAGAGUUGUUUACUCAAGCCAACACCUUUGCCUCUCGGGUGAGCAUUCUAGUCGAGAGAGUUGACCGCUUGCAAGUCAAAGUCACUCAGCUGGAUCCCAAAGAGGAGGAAGUCUCCCUGCAAGGCAUUAACACCAGGAAGGCCUUCAAAAGCUCCACUACUCAGGACCAGAAGCUCUUCGACAGGGAUUCUCUCCCUGUGCCUGUCCUUGAAACCUAUGGGACCUGCAAUACUCCUCCACCUCUCAACAUUCUCUCACCUUACAGGGAUGAUGGCAAGGAGGCACUUAAAUUCUACACUGAUCCUUCCUAUUUCUUCGACCUUUGGAAAGAGAAAAUGCUUCAGGACACGAAGGAUAUUAUGAAAGAGAAGCGGAAACAUCGGAAAGAGAAAAAGGAGAAUCCAAACCGAGGGAAUGUGAAUCCACGGAAAAUCAAAACUCGGAAAGAAGAGUGGGAGAAGCUGAAAAUGGGACAAGAAUUUGUUGAGUCAAAGGACAAACAUGGUCCUGCUGGGUACCCCUCUAACAUGGUGUAUCAGAACGGCAGCAUUGGUUCAAACGAAAGCAUGGAUGUGAACUGCUACCCGCCACCGCCGCAGACUGACUCUAUUGUGCCACCACCUCCUUCAUUCCCAGAUGACAGCCUGCCUCCACCCCCGGUGGAAUUUAGCAGCUAUCCUGUAGACAACCAAAGAGGUUCUGGUUCUGGAGGGACCAAACGAUCCAGCCUGGUCAGCCCCAGUCACCCACCACCAGCUCCUCCGAUUGGAUCCCCUGCAACAAGCAGGCCGGGCUUUGCUCCCCCUCCGGCGCCACCACCGCCACCACCACUGAUGGGCAGCACGCCCCCUCCACCGCCUCCCAUGAGUUUCCCAUCGCCGGGAACACCACCACCCCCCUCACCCCCUUCCUUCCCUCCUCACCCCGAGUUUGCUGCCCCGCCACCGCCAUCUCCCCCUCCAGCAGUCGAGUAUGCCAGCGUGCUCCCACCUCCGCUGCCGCAGCCGGGCAGUGGGAGUGCGCCGCCUCCCCCUCCACCACCGCCGCCUCCUGGCCCACCCCCUCUGUCUUCUGGUGGCCUGGAUGGUCCUCCACCCCCCCCUCCACCCUCAGACACCUCCACCUCCAAGCCCAAGUCAUCCUUGCCUGCGGUUAGCGAUGCCAGGAGUGAUCUGCUUUCGGCUAUUCGCCAGGGCUUCCAGCUUCGCAAGGUGGAGGAGCAGCGGGAGCAGGAGAAGCGGGACGUUGUGGGCAAUGAUGUGGCAACGAUCCUGUCGCGCCGCAUCGCUGUGGAGUACAGCGACUCUGAGGACGACUCUUCCGAGUUCGAUGAGGACGAAUGGUCGGAUUAACCACAGUCCAAUCCCCUCCUUCCCCUUCUCUCCUGAGUUAACAUCUUCUUAAAGAAUCAGGUGGCCAAACCUUCCACCACUUCCUUUUCCAACCCAUAACCAAAGAUGUGCCAAGGGUUUUCAGACAACCAGCAGCAUAUCUCCCCUCUCCCUCCCCCUCUGGCUUUGGCAGGGCUUUGUGCUCUGCCUUUUCCAAAGGUCUCCUCACGGACACUGACGAGGUGGUGCUGGGAUUUAGCUGGAGGAGGUGUAACGGUUGCUUAUUUAAAAGAGAGCUAAACCUCCAGCUUCUUGAUGCCACCAGGCAGAGCACAUCUAAACCCUCCAUCCGGAGGGAUUUUUAAAGUAAAGAUGGAUGAUCCUGGUGCGGCCGGAUGGCCUUUCAGAUGAAGGACAUUUUCAGCUAGUUUUCUCAUGGCAACAGCAGACAGUUGAUCUGAUAGCUCUUCCUAUCCAGUGAAUACUGGUAGUGCUGCAAGAAAAUGGGCUUGAAAUGUCAGUUCUCUGCUGCAUCCCCUGUCAAAUCAUCAGGUUUUGGCAGUAGCGCACAAUUCUUUCCCCUCUGACUCCCUAGUAUUAGUUCCAGACUGCCCUGCGUGGGGUGUGCUUCCUGGCUCUAGGGCUGUGGAACGCUAUGGGUGCAAUGUGAGAAGGGACUUCUUUAAUGGUAAAAGCUGCCUUUACCUUCCUCCAGCCUCUUGGACUGCUUGGCCAAGUCAGCCAAAGGAGACUUGCCCAAAGGGAUGCAAAGCUGGGGCAGAACGGUUCCUUAACUUCCCACUCUGGGAGAGCAGAGCCACUGUCCCACUGGGACACAUCAGUCGUGAAACUGCUCUGUUGAUGCCUCCAAUUCAUGCUGAGAGCAUGUUUAAAAAGUGCCUCAAGCAGGGUAAGGGUGUGGGGAGGGGUUCUCUGCCCACCAGACACUUGGGCUGUCUUUGGCCUGCUCAGGGCAAUGCUGCAGGCAGUUUGGAGAGGUGCUUUCUAGUGGGGUGACCAUCCUUUGUGCACAGGGACUCGAGCAGAAAACGCUGAUAUUCCCUUGGCUUCCUCCUCCCUUACACCAGAGGAGGGGGAUUUCUGUGCCUAAAAACAUCUUGUGUGGGAACUGAGUUGCCCAUCAGUUCCAGCAGACCUAACCUACUUUGUUUGCUAUCAUUUUGUGAUUCUAAUUCAUUAGUUAAUUUUAAGAAGACAUUUCUUCUCCUCACUAACCCUGUGAAUUCCCAGGCUGCUCACUACAGAUCCAGGACUGGCAAGGGGAGCAAAUGGUGGACUUGAACUUGACCCAGGUUUCAUUCCUGGUUUAUAUUCCCUUCCAUAGCAUAUAAGCCUAUCUUGGAAAUCUAGAAACAAAUACCCCUGGUACCACAGAUGUGUAUUGUGAUUUGAACAUGACUCUUUCAGUCAAGUUCAUGCCAGAAAGCAAUUCCAAAGCCUUUUGGAGAUCAUGGAUCCAGCUGUGGUGGGGUGGGACCAGCUGCAUGUCCCAGUAAGACCAACUCUCCAACCUCUUUGCCUUUCCUAUUGUAAAGUAUUUUGCCAGCCUGUGCCUGUUCCUUCUUCUCUGGUAUAAUGAUGUUGCUAAUACCUCGAAUGCCAGGCCCAGCCUGAGGCUGCCAGCUUGCUGCAAAUCCUGCUUGGGCUUUGAUUGAUGGCUUUGGUUCGUGCCAUUGUGUUCUUACUGAUUCCUUGUGUGCGUGUGCAUUUGGGUCUUUGCCAGAGCAGACGACGGGCUUUUCUGGGGUGUGGAUCAAGCUGAGAUCAAGUGUGACCCUGAGAGAUUUACUGGACUGCUAAACCAGCAGUCUGUGCCUGUAAAGCCAGGCAGGAUGCAAAGGGCGUAGACUCUGAGGCACCCCCAUGGGCUAGGAGCAUGUGAGCAGCACCAGUUCCGGGUUCUGGAAGAGGGACCAAACCCCUCGGGUGCCGGUGAGAGAGACUUGGCAACGCAAAGUGCUGAUUGCUGCGAGCUGGGUGAGGGGGGGGAGAGGAGAGGAGAGGAGAGGAGAAUCGCUGCCUCUUCUUUUCCUGCUCUUUCCGUAAGCAUCCUCCUCUGGCUCCCCUUGGAGACAGGUUCCUGGGGAAAACGGACCUUUAAGCUAACCCAGGCUGACAGCAUUAUCACACAGGGAAGCAAGGAACUUGCCAAUGCCAAACCUGGCUUCAUUUUCAAUUGCCUUAACUAGAGACUCAGCCCCUGUGGAGAAAGAGGAGUGAGUAUUCCUGUCGUGGGAAAUCCAGGCAAGUGCCAUAUUCUCCAUGACCCAGAUGGAUGGUCUGUCAGGCAGGGCUGUGCCUCGGGGUGUUAGGGACACAGUUCCUGUUGCACAAGGAUGCUGUGUGGGUGAUCCAGCGUGGAGCUGGCGGCUCCUCCUGCCUCUCUUGCUUGCAGGGCACUCCUGGCAGCGGGAGGGACACUGCUUUGUCCGUGCAAGCCUGCUGGUAACCACCCUCUGCUUUGAGACUCACAGAGUCAAACCUGCUGGAUCUUAGCUGGGUUGUGGACAGGUAGGGAAGGUUGGUUGUUGAUUUUUAAGUCUCCUUUGAUUGCGAAAGGAGCGCAAUGUCCUGAUCCCUGAGAAACAACUGCUUUAAAGCCACUGUCUUUGAGGAGCAUUGCAAAAUGGGCCACCAAGAAAGCUUAAUAGUUCUGAAACCAGUAGGGGAAGAGGAGGGGUGCCAAAACCAACCUUUGCAAGACAGAGCAGCUGUGCUGUAACUGCGGGGCUGCUGCCCCAUGUCACCAAGGGCCUGUGCUGGGCUUCCCUGUCAUCUUUGUCAUUCCAUGUGAACUUCCUCCUUCCUUUCCCUGUGACGGCACGGCGGGCAAGCCGCAAGCAUUUCACAAAGCCAAAAGCAAGAGCUGGCAGCUGGAGUCCUCCCUGCCCUCUGCCUGCCCAGGAGGACCCCCUCCUUUCCCAUGCCAGCCUGGUUCGUGUCCGUGUGGAUGCACAGGGCCGGAGCAGCUGUUCCCUCCAUCCAGGGAGCUCAGGGUGUGCAGGUUGGGGCAGGCCGCUGCCGCCUUCCCCUUCCCGGCGCCAUGCUCCUGGUUAAACAUUCUCCUGGUGUCCUCGCCCGCAGUGCUUGGCUGCUACUCCCAGCAGCCUCCUCCCUCGCCACCCCCCUUCCCAGGGAAAGCCUCAUCCCGGCUCUCUGGGCUCAGCCUGGAGCCUCCUCCGCAGCCGGUGACCUUCACUGCUUUCUCCUCCCCUUAUCAGGCUCCAAGCACCAGAGCAGAGCCAGGAAAGGGGCUCCUGGAGGUCCCACACAGCCGAGAAACUGUGGAGUGGUGGUUCAGGGAAAGGAUGUGGUGUUCUCUAUUAUUAUUCAAUCCAUGAACUUAUUUAAUGUGCCUCUUUGGGAAUUACCUGCCCUUGGCAGGAGCUGCGUGGCAGGGCUUGGCGUGGGGCAGAGGCCAGCUUUCAUUCCUGUUGGAUUGGGGGGGGGGGGGGGUGUGUGCUUUCUCCUCUUGCUUUUGAAACAAAGCCUUCAAGUGGGAAGUGGAUCCAAUGUUUUUAUUCCUGUAUUAACAUUCAUUUUAAUUCAUUUCAGAAACUAACCCGUUUUUUCUUCCUGGUUAGAAUGUCAUAGACUUAGACAUAGAGCUGUAACCCUCCUCAAGUGCCUUAUUUUCCUACAUGAUAUAAAUAUAUUUAUAAAAGUUAAUUAUUCCACUUGUAUCUUAGGGGUGUAUUGCUGAGCAGAAGGUAAGGCAGGAGGAGGGAGAGAUGGGAAGUGCCGUCGGAGGACCCAGCCAGGCUGGGGGUCGGAUGGGGUGAUGGAUGCUCUCAGGGUGCAGGGGGUUCCUCACAUCACACCAAAGGAGUUUCAACCCUAAACUCUGCUCAGAGAAAAGGGAACAUGAAAACAAUCUCCUGAGCAAAACACUGUGGAUUGGUUGGGUUUUCCUUCCCCUGCAAACAAACACUGAUGCCUGGGCUCUGCUGCCUCAUGUGCACAGAUGCAGCUUAAAGCUGCUGCGGGAGCAGAGCCCAGCCUGUGUCCGUAUCCGUAUCCUCACUGCCUCCUGGUUUCCCCUGUUCUGCCUGUGCUUCUCCCUGUCGGUUGCUGUGUAAGCCAGGCUUUUCCUGCUGCUUUGGCUUUUUAUAAUCAGCUCAGUAACCCCUGGAUGAAGAUUCCCAAUUGCAGAUUUUUUUUUGUAAUGUACAUGUAAAAAAAAAAGAAGGAAAAUUAAUAAUUUUUGAUCCUUUUUUAAAAACUAUAAACUUGAUAAAACCUUUCUAUCCAA